GAGAGAGAGAGAGAGAGAGAGAGAUCAUAAAGAGUUAAAAGAUGCAGAGAGAAGGAGAGGGCAAGACAAUAACAGAGUGAACAAAACAGAGAGAACGGAAAAGAAAAAUAGAAAUGCCAGCAAUAUUUUAAAUACAGAAGACAGACCAAGAGAGGAUUUUGCUGCAACUGACCUGAGCAGGAUCAAAUUACUCUGCACUGCACUACACACACACACACACACACACACACACACAAGGUGUGUUAUGCUGACAUCAGGUAGACACCAUUUGUGUGUGUGUUAUUUCUGAGCAGAGGACGCAGUGUGUGUGUGUGUGUGUGUGUGUGUGUGUGUGUUUACUCCUUGCUAGAGUCACAUAGUGUGUGUGUCAGACAGUCAUGAGGAUGCUGGCUCUCUUCUGUUUAAUUUCACUGGCGGCUCCUCUAACGGACGCAUGGAGACCAUCUAAACCACGAAUGCACUUCCAACACUCAGAGCUGGAGCAGAGCGGCAGGCUCAUGUCUCUCUCUGUGCCUGCUGGGGAUCUGAACUCUCUGCUGCCGGAUGAAGACGGUCGUCGCCUUUACAUUGGUAUGAAGGACCAUCUGCUGUCCACCAGCCUGGAUGAUAUUAAUCAAACCCCCCGCAAGAUCUACUGGCCUGCAAAUCUAGAUCGGAUUCAGGACUGUAUAAUGGCUGGGAAAAAUCUGCAGAUGGACUGUGCUAACUUCCUGCGUGUGUUAGAGCAUUAUAACCAAACACAUCUUUACGCCUGUGGAACUGGAGCGUUCAACCCUCGCUGUGCCUUCAUCCCUACCAACCUCUUCCUCAGGGCCGAGGAAAUAACGCUGCAGUAUGAAGACACCGAGUCAGGGAAGGGAAAAUGUCCGUACGACCCUCACCAGAGAACAGCUACAGCUAUCAUAGACGGUGAGCUGUACGCUGGAAUCUCAUCUGACUUUCUAAGUCAUGAUACUGCUUUUAUUCGGAGUUUGGGGAAGCGACAUGUGAUUCGCACUGAACAAUAUCACUCUACAUGGCUGCAAGGCGCGGAAUUUGUGCAUGUUGCAGCGAUGUCAGAGAGCGAUAAUGAGGAGGAUGAUAAGGUCUACGUGUUCUUCACUGAGCGCGCUCAGGAGGCAGAAGGGGCCGCUGGGAAGGUCCUCUAUUCUAGAGUUGCCCGCGUCUGUAAGAAUGAUAUUGGUGGUCAGCGUAGUUUGGUUCAUAAAUGGAGCACCUUUCAGAAAGCUCGAAUUGUUUGCUCCGUACCAGGACCUGACGGCAUACACACCCACUUUGACAAACUCCAGGACAUUUUCAUUCAACAUGGAAAGGACAAAACAAACCCCAUCAUCUAUGGGCUCUUCACCACUACCGGCAAUGUCUUGAAUGGAUCCGCUGUGUGCGUGUACCGCAUGCAGGACAUUAUUAGAGCUUUUAAAGGAAACUUCCUUCACAGGGAGGGACAACAGUACAAGUGGACAGAGUAUGCAGGCCGAGUUCCCUAUCCCAGGCCUGGCACAUGUCCCAGCAGCACAUACGGAGGCUUUAAAUCAACGAGGGAAUAUCCUGAUGACGUUAUCUUCUUUAGCCGCACGCAUCCUUUGAUGCAGGAGCCGGUGCAUCCUCUUGGGGGUAAUCCUUUGCUGAUCAGAGUGGGCGUGUCUUAUAAACUGACCCGCCUCCUUGUGGACAGAGUGGAGGCGGUAGAUGGACAAUAUGACGUGUUGUUCAUCGGCACAGAUUCUGGCCUGGUUCUGAAAGCGAUUCACCUUCCUAAUGCUAAUGGACAGAAUCAGGAGGUCACUCUGGAACAGCUGCAGGUUUUUAAGAACAAGUCACCAAUCACUGCCAUGACGAUGUCCAAGAAAAAGCAGUGGCUGUUUGCUGGAUCAGCAGAGGGUGUGGUUCAGUUGGGUCUGUUCCACUGUGAUCUGUACGGCCAGACGUGUGCUGAAUGCUGUCUCGCUAGAGACCCAUACUGCACUUGGGACGGGCACUCUUGCAGCCCAUACAUGCCAACAGCACACAGAAGAAAUAUUUGUCAGGUGGAUGAUGACGGCAACCCGCUGAACCAGUGUGUCAGACAUGGAGCUGGUCUUCAGGUGGAGGCAGAGGAGAAGACACUAGUUGUUGCUGUGGGUAACAGCACCUACCUCGAAUGUCUACCCAAAUCUCACCAUGCCACCGUCACCUGGUAUAAAGACAUAGGCGAGAACAGUUUGGAGCAACAUAAGGUCACAUCUGGAAAGCAGCUGGUUGUCUUCGACAGGGGCAUCCUCAUUCCCCGGACUGAACUCAAUCAUGAUGGUGUUUAUCACUGUCAGCUAGAAGAGCAUCAGUUCCGCUGGACAGCCGUUACCAUCCGUUUAAUUGUGUGGAGCCCCGUCCUGCAGCCCUUCCGUGGCACCGCCCAGCCAUGGUACCAGGAUGUGAUGGCACUGAUCAACCACAGCAAACUGGAGCGACACUGCAAACAACUCAGCCAACGUCACAACAACAAGCAAUCAGGGGAUCACAAGCAUAACAAAGCAGACAGAAAGAGAGUAGACCGGCACAGAGGUGGGGGGGAGAAGGAGAAAGGGAGGGGGCGGAAGCACCGGAGCAGAAUGCAGAGUUCAGCACAGAGGCUGCCGAGGAGCGCAUAGCCAGGUGUUUAAGAAACAAAAAAUACAACAAAAACACGCAGUAUUCCGUCAUAUUAAGAUUUUGCUCCAUUCCAAAACCUAAUGAGCUGCCUUGCAUGCGCCUAGCAUCAAGCUCCGUGACAAAAUACAUGAGGAAAGAAAGAUUUUGAUCAAUUGAAAAGAAAAAGAAAAAUAUCAGUAUUGUUUGGGAUUAGUACCAUUUUUUCUAUACUUUUAUUUAUUUAUUAAAUUGAUCAAAAGUGACAGUUAAGAGAUUUGUAUUUCAAAUAAAUGCUGUUCUUUUCAACUUUCUAGUCAUCAAAAAAUCUUGGAAAAAAUGUAUCACGAUUUCCAUUAAAAAACGAGCAGCACAACUGUUUGAGAUUGUGCCCAUGUAGCGAAGCAGCUCACUCACUCAUGUUUUGGAGCAUAGUUAAUAUAUGAAUCAUGUGAAGGACUGUCGCUAAGCAAUUUAACAUUGAUCUGGAACGGGUUUGAUCUGGAACGGGUUUGGUCAAGAAAAGUGUUUACUUUAAUAUGAAAAAACGAAUUGAUUAUUUGAGGACUGCAUAUUUGAAAAAUCUUCUAAAGCAAGGGGGUGUCUCUUCUGUUGAAUAAAAGUAAAAUCUUCCAAAGUUUGGGAGAAUCUGAAAAAAGUUCUUUGUUUUAAAAAGACUUCAGUGUUGAUGGCACUUUUUUUCAUCUGUACUGAAAUGUUUUGUCUUAUUUAUCUUUCAUGGUAUUUAUUUUUCUUGUGUUUUUGUGCUUUGUGUUUAUAUUGUCUUGCAUUUUUACAUGGUUCUUUUCCUUUUUGAUAUUUGAUUAUAUGCUGUAAUUCUGUCUCUGACGUCACUCAUUAAGGUUCUGAGAGAUUACUUUAAAUGAAUCAGCAAAAGCAAACUCACAAAAAAAAAAAAGAAUGCAACAGAUCCCAUGAGUUGAUUAACAGCAUAUUUCUCUGGGGAACGAUGGAGGCACGAAGGGUGUGUUUUAUAUGAUUGGAGUGAAAUGCCAGCUUCUUUCUCCUGCACUUGGACACGUGCAUUGAUUGCCAAGAGGUUUGGCUCUGGCCCUGACGUGCAUCCAUUCUGAAGGAUGGAAAAAUUAAAAAUAAAUUAAGGGAAAAAAGGAUUUAAAUUCUUUAGAGUACAGUAGAGACAGAGAGAGGAGAAAAGCAAAUUAAAAUGUGGUCAGGCCAACACCAAAAUGACAGACAGAACCAGUGAUCUGCGUAUAUGAUGGAGCAGCUUGGUUUGCCAAGAGAGUCAAAACAAAUAAAACAAAAAAUGUUAACAGCAAUAGCAUAAACAGAAAAUGUAGAAUAGAUGUUUAAUGUUUUACAUAUAAGGAAGUAAAUCCUGCCAUCAAUGAUUUGAACCUUGUGAGUUAUAAUUUUCUUUGUUUUGCCUUUUACUGUAAAUCUGGUUUGCAUUAAUGGACUUUGAACCUUCAAUAAAGUGUUUUGGAAGACUCAA